CCGCUUUGCAGCUGGUGGUAAUCGGUUUCCGACUCAGUUCGGUGCUAAAGCUCCGGGGCUGCCCAUGAACGGCGCUAUGGCCGCGUCCUCACACCGGAUAAUGCUGGGGCCGCUGGUUGCUGCCAUAGACCAGGGCACGAGCUCCACUCGGUUUUUGGUGUUUAAUUCAAAAACAGCAGAGCUCCUCAGCCAUCAUCAGGUGGAGAUCAAACAGAGCUUCCCCAAAGAAGGAUGGGUAGAGGAGGACCCGAAAGAAAUUCUGCAGUCUGUGUACGAGUGCAUGGAGCGGACAUGUGAAAAACUCACUCAGCUCAACAUAGACAUCUCUAACAUUAAAGCUAUUGGAGUGACAAACCAAAGAGAGACCACGCUUGUUUGGGACAAAGAGACGGGGGAGCCCCUCUACAAUGCAAUCGUUUGGCUGGACCUGCGGACUCAAUCAACAGUCGAACGUCUAAUUAACAAAACUCCAGGGAGGAAUAAGAACCAUUUGAAGCAUAAAACAGGGCUCCCAAUCAGCACUUACUUCAGCGCAGUGAAACUUCGCUGGCUGAUGGACAACGUGGACGAGGUCCAUGAAGCCGUCGUGUCUCACCGAGCCAUGUUCGGCACGGUGGACUCCUGGCUCAUUUGGUGUUUAACAGGGGGGAAGUCGGGUGGAGUCCACUGCACAGAUGUGACAAACGCCAGCAGAACCAUGCUGUUCAACAUUCACACGAUGGACUGGGACCCAGAACUUUGCAAAUAUUUCGGUAUUCCCAUGGAGAUCUUGCCCAGAGUGAGGAGUUCUUCAGAAAUCUAUGGCCUCAUGAAAUCUGGAGCUCUUUCAGGUAUUCCCAUUUCAGGGUGUCUCGGGGAUCAGUCAGCAGCCCUUGUUGGACAGAUGUGUUUUCAGGAUGGGCAGGCUAAAAACACGUAUGGAACUGGCUGCUUUCUGCUGCGAAACACUGGACCAAAGCCUGUAAUGUCUGAUCACGGUCUUCUGACCACUGUCGCGUACAAACUCGGUCGAGACAAACCUGCCUUUUAUGCACUAGAGGGCUCUGUGGCCAUUGCAGGAGCUGUGGUUCGUUGGCUGCAGGACAAUCUCGGGAUCAUCGGAUCAUCUGAGGAGCUCGAGAAGUUGGCUGCAUCAGUCGGUACAUCCUACGGAUGUUAUUUUGUUCCUGCAUUUUCGGGUCUUUAUGCACCUUACUGGGAGCCCAGUGCGAGAGGGAUCAUUUGUGGGUUAACUCAGUUUACUAAUAAGAGUCAUCUCGCAUUUGCUGCACUGGAAGCUGUCUGUUUCCAGACACGAGAGAUAUUGGACGCCAUGAAUCAGGACAGCGGCAUCCCGCUAACUCAGCUCCAGGUGGAUGGAGGAAUGACGUCCAACAGGUUGCUGAUGCAGCUGCAGGCGGACAUUCUCUGCAUCCCUGUCGUGAAGCCAUCAAUGCCUGAGACGACAGCUCUGGGAGCCGCGAUGGCAGCAGGAGCAGCAGAGGGGGUGAGCGUGUGGAGUUUGAGCCCAGAGGACCUGAGCGAAGUCACCUCAGAGAAGUUCGAGCCUCAGAUCAACCCUGAAGAGAGUGAGUAUCGGUAUGCUCGAUGGAAGAAGGCGGUGCAGAAAUCCAUGAACUGGGAGACCACAGAGCCUGUUGGUAAUGGGAACGGUGAAACGAGUAUCUUCAGCAGCGCCCCGCUGGGCUUCUACAUCAUGGGCAGCAUGUUGAUGUUGAUUGGUGCAAAAUACCUUGCAGGCCACGACUAGACUCCGACUCCUGGAGGCGUGAAAGCUGAGAGGACGGUGAAAACAAACGCUCUUCGUGCUGGACCCCCACUCGUCCUCUGGUUGCACUCAUUUCCAAAAGGAAACUCGUGAGAACGACGCUCCUGCUGAGUCAUUCUGGAAAACUGGGACAAGUUUGAACUGACUAAUGGGAAUUGUCCGUUAUUCUUUUGUUUUUAUUUUAAUGGAUUUUUCUCUGCAGCACCAAGAACACGUUGAUACAGUAGAUUCAUUUUAGCAGGAAUGUGCAUGCACUGUCUUUUUUUUUUUUUUUACUGUGUUGACAUGCGACGAAUAUGUGAGCUUAUUCAUGUAGAAACUCUUCCCACGGUACUUCACGUUGUUGUAAUCUUUCCACGGCUGUGUUACGUGAAGCUCACAGUCAAAUUUGCAUCACGUGUUGUUUGUACGUCACUGUUGCCCUCGAACGGUCGUCUCACACCGCCGUGAGGUGUUGCUGUUUGAGACCCUCCACUAUGAGCUACAGAGGAAUUAUUAGAGCACUUUAUAUAUAUUUUUUGUUCUGUGGGAGCUGUGCACUAACAGGGUCUAUGCACUCAGUGGCCACUUUAUUAGGUACACCUGCACUGUAUGAUAAAAUUCAACUUUUCUGACUUAAAGGCAACUUGACUGCAUUAGAUUCAGAGGGGUUUCUUCUAUUCUGCCCCCUUUAUGUACAGAAAUGAAAAGGGACAAAAAGUAGAAACACCUCUCAACAUACUGUACAUCACUAACUUUAACUGUGUCAACAAAACCUGAACCAUAUAAGCUCUAGAGUUCAUGGCAGAGCUGUUGUAUUGGGCUGCAGUAGAUUGCACAGGUGGCCACUGAGUGUGUGGUAUAUUUUCUAACAGUAGGGAUCAAGGUUACAGUGAAUGAACUGACCGGGUUGCUUAUGGGUGAACGUGGACACACUUUUGUCAGCAGCGUAAUGGGCACACAUGCGGUGAAGGGUCAUGAUGAAUUCUUCCGUUCACACAGAAUAUGUGGAGACAUGGGAAUAAGCCACGAAUCAAUGCUAUGGCUUAAACAUUCUCUGCUUUGUCACAUGUUGAUGUGACCACUUUUCAAUUCUUGUCACAGUCAGUGGAAACUAGAUAUUUCUGUCAUUCUAGCUCCCAAGUUAAGUUAAAUUGCCCCCCUGCGGCACACAAAACCUUGCUAAAAAUCUGCAAAAACCUUGUGUUGAGCCAUCAAAUGCAACCAUUUUAUAUGCAUCCUUAAAUCUAGCUCUCAGUGAGGAAGCUUUAUCGCUCUGAAAUGUUGGAGUGCAGUCUGAUUAAAUUAUUUAAAUUAAUACUUAAUUCAAAGGGAGCUUUCUAUAACCAUGGGAACACAUAUGGUUAACUAUAGAGCAUUAUAGAGAAGGUGUGAGGAGUUGAGGGCGUAGAAGGAAUGUCAGUAUUUAUUCUGUUACCCAACAUUUGUUAUAUGUGUGUGUUUGCAUUUAGAAGGAGGCAGGAAAUGGUUUCGUGUCUGCCCUGUGUGGACAUGCAGUUAUUUGUUAAACUGAUGGUGUGAAAUGACUGCAUUCAAAGGCUCAAAGUGCCCUGAUGGGAUCCAAACAGCUGUGAAUUAGGAAUGGAUUGAAUAUAAGGUCAGUGUGAGUGUGCAGGCUUUAACUUUCACUCUGAAUCCAGUCAAAUUAGAGAAACAGAUCAAUCAUGAAAUCAUCUGUACGACCUUUAACUGUGAAACCGCUUUAAUGAUGAAUUGUUUUGUCUCCACCCUCUUGCUGCUCACUCUGCACGUUCUUCCCUUCUACUCAUUCACAGUGGAAUUAAUAUCAGACAUGUACAAUCCUGUUCAAGUCCUUCGCACGUGAAAAGGGAUGUUUAACCCUAAAUGUGGUGUUCCAGAUGUCUGAGUUGCUGCACUGCUCAGGUGGGAAUGUGAUGGCUUUGAAACGAUUGGACGAGCAUGUGUUAUGUCCCGAGACAGAUUUCAUGAGAAUAAAUGUCAGC